AUGGUGCGUCAGUUGCACGACGGUAUGAUGGCGCGAGUUACGGACAACGGAGCUGUCUCAGAGGCAUUCGCAAUGACCAAUGGAGUGAAGCAGGGAUGCGUGCUGACGCCAACCCUCUUCAGUCUUAUGUUCUCUUCCAUGCUGAUUGACGCCUACUGCGACGAACGCCUCGGAAUCCGCAUGGCCUACAGGACGGAUGGUGACCUCCUGAAUCAACGACGGAUGUACUUCCAAUCGCGCAUAUCCGCAACCACCCUUCACGAGCUUCUUUUCGCCGACGACUGCGCCCUGAACACCACCUCGGAAGAGGAGAUGCAACGCAGCAUGGACCUGUUAUCCGCCGCCUGCGAGAACUUCGGUCUGAUCGUCAACACGCAGAAGACGUUGGUCAUGCACCAAUCACCAUCCAACACAGCCACUCCUCCCAACGCGCCCAAAAUCAGUGUAAACGGAACCCAACAGCAAGUGGUGGAGAACUUCCCGUACCUGGGCAGCACCCUCUGUCGUAACACCAAAAUCAAUGACGAAGUCGCCCGCAGGAUCUCGAAAGCCAGCCAGGCCUUCGGUCGCCUCCAAAGCCCAAUUUGGAAUCGUCAUGAUCUCCAAAUGAGCCCGAAGCUGAAGAUUUACAAGGCCAUCAUCCUGCCGACGCUGCUGUACGGAGCGGAGACUUGGGCGGUGUACACAAGGCAGGCACGUCGACUGAACCACUCCCAUCCCAGUUUUCUUCGUCGCAUCCUGAGGCUGAACUGGCAGGACCGAAUUUCCGACACCGAUGUGCUGAAACGGGCAGGCAUCCUUAGUAUCUACGCCAUGCUGAGACAAAAGCAGCUGCGCUGGAGCGGCCACCUGGUGCGCAUGGACGACGAGCGACUACCCAAACGACUCUUUUACGGAGACGUCGCUACGGACUCUCGCCGCCAAGGAGGCCAAAUUCGCCGAUAUAAGGAUACCCUGAAGUCCUCCCUGAAGCGUCUGCAAAUUAAGCCGACCAACUGGGAGGAGCUUGUCUUCGAUCGAACGACCUGCAGGAGGACAGUGAAAACAGGUGCUGGGAUCUACGAAGCCAACCGCAUCGCCGCCGCCAAAGCGAAACGCGAAGCACGCAAAUCACAGCUGCGCCCAGUACAUAACGCCGAUGCACAACCACUACCAACGUGUCCUCGAUGUCAAUGGACAUUCCGGGCACGAAUUGGACUAAUUGGACACCUUCGGAUCAACUAUACCUCUCGGACAGCACCAACCAUCGUCUCUCCAUCCGCAUCUUCCCCGUCCUCUCCGCCGCCAACUAACUCUGCCUCUUCUUCCGAACCACCACCUCCAUCCUCCUCCCGCUCCUCCUCCUCCUCCACUGCCCCAACGACGGCCGCUCAGGCGGGCGUCACGCACAUCACCAACCCUUACACAACAACCGACACCACCCCCGCUGACUCCAACUCCAGUGAUGAGGAUCAGGACAAUACCUGCCCUCACUGCGACCGCACCUUCACCUCACACAUCGGCCUGGUCGGUCACUUGCGAAUCCAUCGCACAGAGACUGUCGUUCCAGUGCCUGGAGCAGCAACCUAUAUCCACCGCUCUCGUCUCAACUGCCCACACUGCCCUCGCACUUUCAGGCAUCGCAUGGGCCUAUUCGGCCACAUGCGCAUCCAUGACGACCUGCGGUAG